UGGGCCCCGAGAUAUAAUUAUUAUUAUUGCCAAAGUAGCUGUAGUAGAGACUCAGGUGAACGUUCGCGGGUGGACGAGAUAGAGAGCGAGUGGCUAAGAGAGAGAGAGCCGGCCAGCGAGAGAGCAUUUUCUUACCUGUUUAACCUGCUGCUCACGUUCAACCUGGUAGCAGGGAGCGCGAGCGUUGGGAAGCCCGCGCAAAGGCAAAGAUAUUCAAGCUAACUACCAAAACUCGAAUAUGUCAGUCUGCGAGGCCGCUUCAAGCGCUACACACAUGCGCUGCCCAAACCCACCAUUCGAUUGCGAAUUUAUAACAAAAUCGGUCGAGUUGUACUACCAAUUAGCGGUGAUCUCCUAAAUUCAAAUGAGGUGAAAGAAAAGUGGUCGAAACAGAAAAAAAAGUGAAAACCCAACUGGAAUGCAACUGCAGAAGUCGCCAACCAGCUACCAUAGAUGUUACAGAGCCCCACCCACCCACACAGCCCAGCCCAUUGAGAUUCCGAGCGCACACAUGCCGCUGCUGGAAGAGUUUUGAGCCAAGAGCUAAGGAGUGUGGACCUGAGUGGAGUAGCAGGUUCGAGAGAUCGGUGGAAAACCGACUAAAAAAAACAAACAAACAUACCAGAAACACAAAGCAAAUCAAAACAAAACAAGCGGAGCACAAAAGCGGCUCAUCAGCGAAAUCAUGAAUCAAACGCAAGUGAAUAAUUUUCUCAAGUGCUUCCUGCAAAUCGAUGAGCCCGUUAGCCACUGGGCAUCACCCCGUCACGACGCCGACGACGACGAUGAUCACGACCACGACCACGAUCAUGACGAUGAGGAGGAGGACUCGAGCAGCGUGCUGGUGGCGAAGGUCACCGCCAUGGUGGUUCUAUUCUGCGCCAGCGCCAUCUGCGGCUCCAUACCCUUCCUGCUGAACCGUUGCUACCGCUGGACGGAGACCCAGACGAAUGCCCGAUCGGCGACGGUGGUCAAGUGCCUGCUCUACUUCGGAGGAGGUGUUCUGCUGGCCACCACGUUCCUGCACCUGCUGCCCGAGGUCCAGGAGGUCGUGGAGCAACUGAAGGAGUGUGAAAUCAUCGGGGAGCUGAGCUUCCCGCUGGCGGAGCUGCUCAUGUGCUGCGGCUUCUUCCUCAUGUACUUCAUCGAGGAGGCCUUGCACACCUACGUGCAUCACCACCAAAAGGACGAGGCCGGCGCGGCCUUCGAGCGGGGGCACAGCAUCCGGAACAGUCAUCUGAUGAAGCCCACCGAGGGUGCCACUGCCCCGCCGCUUCCAUCCGCCCAGCAGUCCACCGCCGAGCUGGGAACCCUGUCGGUGCAGAACCUCCUGCAGGGCGAUCUGGAGCAACAGAAGUUUCAGAAGGCCCAGGCCAAUGGACACAGUCACAACAACAACGGACAUGGGCACAGUCACGGGCACGGACAUGGACACAGCCACAUGCCAGUGAUCGCGGAUGAUGCCUCUGCGGGAGACAUGCUGGCCUCCUCCCUGCGCGGCCUCUUCAUCGUGUCCGCCCUGUCGCUGCACGAGCUCUUCGAGGGCAUGGCCAUCGGCCUGGAGGGAACCGCCAGCAACGUGUGGUUCAUGUUUGGAGCAGUGUCCGCCCACAAGCUGGUGCUGGCCUUCUGCGUGGGAGUGGAACUGAUCGUGGCCCGCACCCGGACGACGCUGGCCGUCCUCUACGUGCUGACCUUCGCGGUGGUCAGUCCCCUGGGGAUUGGCAUCGGCAUCCUGAUCAAUCACGGCCAGGAAACGUCAGGCCCCAGCCUGGUCUCGGCCAUCCUGCAGGGCUUCGCCUGCGGCACUCUCAUAUACGUGGUUUUCUUCGAGAUCCUCUCCAAGAAUCGGUCGGGACUUCUCGCCUACCUGGCCCUCUUCGUGGGCUUCUGCGUCAUGUUUGGACUGCAGCAGAUAACUUCCGGUGGCGGGCACGGCCACAGCCACAGUCACAGCAGCUGCUCCGGCCAUACGGACGAACACACCCAUGAGACUGAGACCAGGUCGAGCUCCGGCCAUGCCCAUGAGCACGAUCACGCCCAUCCAUCCCCGCAUCAAAACCACGCCGAGGAGCUGCAGCAGCAGCUUCAGAUCCUGCGGCAGGUCACACAAAAACUGCUGGAGGCCCAUCCCAAGAAGGACGUCUAGAUUGUAGUCUCUGCCCAGCAGAACCUUGAUCUUUUCUAAUUUCUAAAUUAAUUAUAAAUUUAUGUUUUGUAUUAUGAGCUGUAAAUUGUAUUUAUGUAGAAAUAAAAACAUACUUUAAGUGAAUGUAUAAACAA